CUGUUACACCUCCAUCAGUGGUUCUGCCCUUGUAAACACCCAGCGGGGAGGGUGCCCUGGGCUAAGGGUCCCAAUUUGCUCCUCCUGCAUUUAGCACUAAAGAACUGGGUUUGGCAGACUAUACAGCCCUGCCCCCACCCUUCCCCCUCCUCUCCCAUCCCUCCCCCAUCUAGCUCCGUCCCCUGCUGCUUGUAGGCACCUCCACCGCCUUUAUUCUCUCCCUCCAAAGAAAUCCCUUUCCCUCCAGUGCAGGCAGCUGCUCCCCACUCCGCCCCCCAACCGCCUGACUCUUAGAGGAAGUAAAGAAUGCUUGGAAUGCCCCCCUCGUCGGCCGUCCCUCUCCACCCCCUGCAGAGCAUUCCCCGGACUCCCGCUCCAUUGAGAAACUCCCAGGCUCUGAGGGCUAGGAUGAAAGGGAGGAUAAGGACAAAGUGCAGGCAGGCAGCCGGCUGGCUCCAGCUUCAAGCAGGCUCCCUCCCCCAUACCUCCCCCGGCUCUGGUGUUCGCAGGCCCCCAAACAGUCUGCUCCCCGUACACCUGCCCGCCUGCCGGUUUGGAGCAUCUGCACUGCCCUCCCCCUCCCUGUAUCUGGGGAGCUGGCAAAGUUGCUGAGUCUGGGGAAGAAGUGGGGAGGCCAGGCAACUAUGGGAUCAGGAUGGGAGAGUAAACAAGAAACCGUUUAGGCUACAAAUGGGGUAUUUCAGUCUGAUAAUUUUGAAAAGGCUCCACAUCUCCUGGUGAUGGGGUUCCCACCUCCAGCCUUUUCAUGGAGACUUUUCAAAGCUCUUCCAGCCCCGAGGCUCCACCACUUGAAAACAAGGCAGGUCCAGCUGAGGGCUGGAGCUCUGGGCUAGACUGUGGGUAGACACAGGAAAAAUAUAAGGGAGGGUCUUUACCCAAGAAGCAUAGAGUUCAGAUGUGGAGUUAACUGUGUUCAUUUAUUCAUUGACUCAGGAAUCAAGCCCUAUUGUGUGCUAAGCUAGCUCCGUGGAAGAUAGAGGUAAUUGCUCUGUUUCUGGUGCAACGCAUAAGAUCCUAACCUCAGAGAGGUUGCACGCUGAACAGCAAGCCAGCAUGCAUAAAAAUAAGUAAAAUUCAACAGAAAAAUUUUUAGUUCAGAGAAUGUUGAAGGGGAGUUGGGAUGAUGAGAGAGAAGAAUUGCAACUUAGGAGGUAACAGGGCUACCAUUUUUUAAGUGCUUAUGUAUCAAACACUUGAUAUGUUAUGUAAUGCCCAGGAAAGCCUUGUUAGUUCGGCACAAUGUUUAUCAUUCUCGGGUCACAGAGGAAGAAAUUGAGACUCAAAAACAUAAAGUAACUUGCCUAGUUAGCAGGUGGGAAAACUCAACUCAGAUCCAGGUCUGAGGGAUGCCAAAUCUUAGCGGAGUGGGCGACGGGGGGGGGCUCAUUUAAACUAGAUUGGGUUUGGAGAGUUGGGAGAAUAUCAGUGAAUGGAACUACAAAUACUUAUUGAGACACUAUUACAUGCCACACUCUCGUCCAGGCACAAGGAGUAUGGCAAUUCCUUCUGCCCCAGAUGCCUUCCCCUUACCUCCAAAGCCCCAGAAGGGAGCUGGGAAAUAAAGGGUGAGUGAGAACACGGAGAAGCUAGAGUGGGGAGACAGGACAGGAGGAGAGAAGGGACGCCAAGCCCCUGCAGCCCAUCCUACUAACACUGCUGGCGGGGCGGAUUUCUAGGAAGAGGAGGGGACACAGAGGUACUUGGUCCUGAGAUCUUUGUCCUCUUUGAGGUCUGUUUGCUUAACCUCUUCCAAGCCAGGGGCUGGGAGGGGUGGGCAGGAGAGGGGAUGGAUGUGGCGGAAGCCCGCUGGGGAAAGAGACUCUGGGUGGGAAGAGAAUGUCUAUUACUCCAGCCCCUAGAGACCCAGGCUCGGGGAUUCCAUUUGCACAGAGUUUCCUUCCCCUCACUUGCCAGGAUGCUUCCCCUCACUUGCCAGGAUGUUUCAUACCAAAAACAUUCCAGAAAGCAGGCUCAAAGAGAUGACUCUGGGCCCCAGGGGGGAAGGCUGAAGCCCUAGGAAUAUUUAGUGCCACAUCAGUGCUUCUGGAAUGUGAAUAACCCAGACAACCACCGGGGGCAACUUGGGUAGACAGGAAAGGGCCUUCAGAAACCCAGGCAAGAAAGUCUUGGUCAGAAUUCUCACCUUAGCCUCAGCCCUUUCCUGGGGCAAGUCCAUCCAGGCUGUCCCUGAGUGGAAACCCCCUCACUGGGUAGUACCGAGGCUCCUCUGUGCAGAGCGGGGAGACCCCCACAGCAGGGGAGGAGCCCUUCCCUUCUCCCCAGACCCCAGUCAGGCUGUCCUGGACCUUCUGAUGGGCUGGUGGGAAGGGGAAAUGGCAAUGCAACAGUCCCCUGCAUGGCACAGUGCCCACAUCCCACUAGAGCGUCCGCUCAGCUCUGCAAGCCAGAAUCCAGAGACUCACUGACAGCCAGAGCAUGUCUGGACUGUGAUGAAGCCAGGACAAAGGGCGAGCUGAGGAGCCUGGGCAUUUUUAAGAGGAGACUGGGGUUGGGGGGAUACAUUUGUAUACAAAACGGACAAAAACCUCUACCCUUACGGGGUUUCCAUUCUAGUGGAGGAAGAUAGACAACGCAAUAGAUAUAAUAAAUAGGUGAAUUAUAUAGUAUAUUAACAGGUCAUAAGCAUAUGAGGAGAAUGGGAAGGGGACAGGGAAUAACGUUUUAAAUUGGGGUGAUCAGAGAAGGGCUCAUCGAGAAGGUGACAUUUGUGCAAAGACCUGAAGGAGGGAGGUGCUAACCACAUAGAUAUUUGGGGGAACAGUGUUCCAGGUGGAGGGAACAGACAAUAGAAAUGCCUUAAGUGGGAGAAGGUCAGGCUAGUUCUAAAACAGCCAUUGAGGUUUUCGGGCGAGCAACAUGGCACCUGCCAUGCCUAUGCUAAUGGUUCCGCCGUGGCCCGCAGCCCAGGGACUCCUCCGGAACUGUUGGGAGCAACUGCAGUGGAAACUUUGGCAGAGCCGGCCAGGCUUUCCCAGUCCUCAAUGGGGACCAGCAUUAGCGGUCCAAGGUCCAGCUAUAUUUACAGAACCAGCAAAUGAUACCAAUGGAAGGAAGGAAAUUUCCAGUUUUUUGGAGAGCAUCUUUUGGAUGGCAGCUCCCAAAGACAGACGCAGUAUUGAAGUUAACAGGUGUAGGAGAAGAAACCCUCAUAAGCUUAUUAAAGUUAAGAACAAUAUAGACGUUUGUCCUGAAUGCGGUCACCUGAAACAGAAACACGUCCUCUGUGGCUAUUGCUGUGAGAAGGUGUGUAAAGAGACAGCGGAAAUCAGAGGACAGAUAGGGAAGCAAGAGGGAGCCCCUUUCAAGGCUCCUACCGUGGAGAUCAUGGUGCUGUACUUGGGGGGAGACACCCUCCGAGCAAGAUCAGGGUAAGAGGAUCAUUGAGAGAGAACGGAAGUGGCCAUCCUGGUUCACCCAGAAUUGACACCAAACAUGUUUCGAGAGGAUAACUUCACAUAAGACAUUUCUCCUGAAAAAGAGGAAGAUUCUUUGUUUUUAUGUUGGUUGUGUGCUUGUUUUUAAAUCAUCAGCAUAGCCUAAAGCAUUCUCUAUAAGCAGUUAGGUUUUUUGCGGGUAAUUUGAAGAAUGCCUCAGGAGUAAAGUCUGAAAAUGUUCGUUUAUGCAGAGGCUCAAUGGAUUUCUGUUUCUAUUAUACUAUGCAGUUUUAGUACACAGAAUUUUCAGGACAGAAAAAUAAAACCUAAUUUAAAAUUCAUAGCCAGAAUUAUGCGUCUGGGCUCUGGUUUUGUUUGCCACUGGUUUUGCUUACAAGAAUACUUACACAAAUGCUUUUGUUUAAGUAACACCUGAAAAUAGGUUAGUUAAAUUCUGGGUAUCGCUCUUUUAAGAUGGUAGAUGUAGCAGUAAGAAAAAGUUCGUUCUGUUUGGUUUUUUUGUUUGUUUGUUUCAGCAAAUUAAAAUUGCCUUUGUAUAGCACUUUAAAACAAAAAAAGCCAUUGAGGCUGGAACAGAGUGAGUGAAGGAGAAAGUAACAGAGAGAGGGUCAAGAUAGGAGGCAGGGGUCGAGCAGUAGAGCACCUAGGGCCUUGUGAAGCAUUAUACAGGUUAUGGUUUUUUUCUGAGUGAAAUGGGGAGCCAGUUGGAGGUUUUGAGCAAAAGGAAUGGUGUAAUCGGACUAAGGAUGUUUUUGUUAAUUCCUCUGGCUGCUCAUUGAGAAUAGCCAGGGGGUGGGGGUGGCCUGCAGGACUUGAGGGAUGUUGCGUCCACUAUUCGAGUGGGAAAGGUGGCAGGUGGAGGGGGGUGGGGGAAGCUAGGGAGCACUUCGACCUCCAGCGGCGAUGAGAGGUAUAAGGAGUCUGGAAUUUGGGAAAGAGAUGUGAGUUGGAGAUAGAGAUUUAGGAGUUGUUGCUAGGAAAGAGUUUCUGCUUUGGGUGGAAAAGCACCUUAGUUGAUCUCUGAAGUCCCUGAGUUCUAAAGGUUCUAGGAUUUUAUUGAAUAGGAAAGCAGUUAUUUGUAUAGCUGAUCAGUUGUUUGUGAAAGCUUGACAGCCUUGACAGCGGGGGAGGUGGGUGUUGCUGAGCUGGGGAGGCAGCUCUGCCUGUUUGCAACUGGCUUUCUCCUCCUGAGGAAGACAACGGGGCUUCUCCCAUCCUUGGGAGAAGGCUGGGGGGCGGGUUGGGGAGGAACGGUCCGUUGGUAGAACUGAGUCUUCCUGUACGAGAGGGCUGUACUAAAAGACUUCUCAAGACCCUCCCGCUCUGAAACUUUACGGCUGUGCAUCUUCUAAGGCUUUUACAGGUUUUAUAAGAACAUGGGAAAUGUCACCCUUGGGCCAGGGCUCUGCCUCUGACACUGGCAGAGGGGAUGGGAGUUGCCUUGUACAACCCAGGCCCCAGAGAAGAAGCCGGCUCCCGGAUUCCCAGUUCUCUUCCUGUGUUUCAGAGCUUCCUGCUUCAGAUCACUGGGGAGCUUGAGCGCAGCCCACAGGGGCCUGGGAAUCUGCAUUUUUAACAGGCCUGGUGAUUGGUUCUGAUAACACCGAAGUUUGAGAACUGACUCCAGGUGAGAGCCUUAACUUGCCUCUACAGAGCUGCUGCCUUUAGAGGAAUUUUAUGCCACUGGGCACACAGCUUCUCUCUGGGAUACAAACCUCUUUCUCUUUCUCCCUCUCUUACUCUUAUUCUGCCUCCUUUUGGCUCUAAAAUGCUCCCAUCACUGAUUGUUUCUCGGAAGAAUUCCCCAUGCUUUUCAGGCUCUUCCCUCCUCACUCCAGGCACCAGUCCUCUCCCCCAGCUAAUCCCACCUUCUCAAUUUCACCUUUUCCCCUCUGGGGGCAUUUAGGUCAUGUUGGGAGAAUGAGUCAUCCUAGGGUUGGGGAGGGGGGCUUUAAGUCCAUAAAUGGGCAAAAACUCUGAUUUCAGGUCUCAGUCUCUAGGAAAGAGCCAAUUUCUCCCCACUGUCCCCCGCCCCCAAAGGAAUUCCCCAGAGAAAAGGAAGGCGUUGGGAGAGGUACUGACCAAUGAAAUUCUAGAAACAGCAGUUUUUUAGGAGAUAGGAGACUGACUCAGCUUCCCUGAUAAACAGACAGUGCCGGCCAGGAUUUUCCCAGCCCAAGAGGCCAAAAUCCCAUUUCCGGGCGGAAACGAGGGCCCAGCCAACACCACCCCCUCCCUACUCCUCACUGCUUUCCCCUCCUAGGAGAAUGCAGCUCCAGGCGGUGCUGACCCGGGCUCUGGACAGCACAGGCUCUCAGCUAUCCCAGCAGGGCUGACCACAUGCCUCACCCAGACCCCGGGGAAAGGGUGCUGUGACCUUUUAAAGUUCCCUGGCUGCAUUCUGAAUCACCCUCCAGCCUGGCCUGCAGUGUCUUCCUGAUCCUUGGCUGUGCCCAUCAAGCAGGUGGGCCCCUGGUUGGUAGCAGACCAGCCGCUGGCAUGGAGCCCCCCCUCUGUUAAGGGACCCCUGGCUUGCUCUGCCUCCCAGCCCAGUGCUCAGUUCUCUGUGAAUGGAAAAGCCAUCGACCAGGUGGCACCUGGGGAGAGCUGGCUGUCUCCUCCUCAGAACCUCACACAGUGGCCAGGUCUCCCUUGAGAUCCUUUCACAAUUCAGGGUCUGGGCCUCCCGUGGCUCCUCAGAAACCUUGCUUGCAACAGGCCCAGGAGACUAGGGGGCAGACUCACAAACCUCCAGGAGAUGAACAGACACAGCCAGAAUGCCAAUUUGCUGAUUUAUAAUGAAAAAUAGAACUGCUGUGAAACCCACCAGACACUCGGGUUUGCUGAUGAGCACGUUCGCCGUCUGUUGGCCAUUUCACACGAGGGGAAGCCGAGACUCAGUGGGACGGUUACUCGGGCAGCACAGGAGCUGGGCAGGGAACGCU